AUGGCUGCACCUCGACGUGAGAAGGAGAUCCGAAAGUACUUCAUGCUCAAGAGAGCCACCAACCUCCUCCCUGAGGCCCUCGGAUUUGACGAGUUGAUUCAGCUUCGUGGUCUGUCGGUUGCCGUCGAGCAUGUGGCGAAGCGUAAGGCAGACAGACGAUCGGACGAUGAUUUCAGAGACCUCUCACGCCCGAUACUCCUGGACGCGGGCCAGUGA